GCCACAGGAAGAUUGUAGGUUCGAUACCAAGGCACUCCAAGGUAAAAUCUUGAAUUUGAUUCACCCACCUUGUCCUGUGUCUGAUCCGAGGUGAGAUCUCCUCACAAUGGCUUGCAUAGCUUUUCUGGGGAAUCAUUCAUUCCUCAGAGAUCUUAAAUUUGAACAAAUUGAACUAAACUAAUUGAAUCAAAUUGAUGUCCAGGUAAUCCCAGGGGAAAGUGGGGCACCUUUAAAAUUGGGAUUUUUCCCCUAUGUUCAAGUAGAACUGAGCCAUAUCAUAAAGGAAUUUAGGUUCUCAAUGUUUUUGCAGUUAAAUUAUAGGAAAAUAAAUCUUUCCUUUAAAAAUAAUCUGAAUUACCUAUUCUUCAUCUCUGAACCUGAAAAGCCGGUUCAGUUCAGAUCUUUCAAAUACAAAGCAAUAAAAAUUCUGAAACUGCGACAGAGAGAUCACUGAACAAGGGCAGUUCUGUCAAAAACACAGAGAUAAGAAGUCGAUAAAAGAAAAUUAUGAAUUCACUGUGUUCUAUCAAAAAAUCCCUUCGAGGAUUCCUGCCGACGCAUUCUGCUCCCGUGGAAUUGCUUGAAAAUGUCCAGGUAGUGGUUCGCGUAGGUGAUCAGCGACGUGUGAAAUUGAUCUCUGGCGGUGGAUCUGGCCAUGAACCUGCUCAUGUCGGAUAUGUAGGACCCAAUCAUUUGACUGCUGCUGUUUGUGGUGAAAUCUUUGCUUCGCCAUCUGUCCAGCAGAUUCUCGCUGGUAUCCUCGCAUCUGGAUCAUCAGAGAAUCCCAUCCUACUCAUCGUGAACAACUACACUGGAGACUGGCUGAAUUUCUCUCUGGCCAGAGAAAUAGCUAAAAAUUCCCUGGGUUACUCAAACAUUGAAAUCCUCCUGGUAACGGAUGACAUUGCCAUUGAAAAUGUCCAGGAAAGUGUUGGAGCUCGUGGACUUGCUGGAUGUGUUCUAACUAUUAAAAUUGCCGGAGCUAUGGCUGAAGAUGGAAAAUCUCUCCAGGAAAUCCAUAAUUUUUGCUCAGAAUUGUUCUCAAAGAAACAAAUCCAAACUGUUGGAUUUACAUUUUCCAGCAACUUAAAAACUGGCCAAAUUUCCAAUGUGGAAAUUGGAAAAGGCAUUCAUGGAGAACCUGGAGCUUCCAGAGACACAAAUCUCUCUACAUUCGAUGAUAUUGCCCAGCAUUUGCUUGAAAUAUUCCUAAAGUACUUACCCAAAGAUUCCAAGUUGAUUGUAAUGAUAAACAAUUUAGGUGGAACAUCUCAACAUAUUCUCAAUGUCUUCACAUCAUCGCUACUGCCAAAGAUCAAGGAAUAUUUUCAGAUUGUGCAUCUUGCCUCAGGCGCCUUUAUGACGUCUCUAGACCAGGAAGGAAUAUCUGUAACUCUCCUCAAUAUCAAUAACAAGGAACAAAUCUUGGAAUAUGUGAACAGGAGUAUUUCCAUAGGGAUCCCUCAACCCCAGCCCAAAAUUACAACACGAGAUCUCACGCAUUUGGACAAACUCAUUGCAGAGCAUGACUCUGCACCACAAAAAAUCCAACGUGAUCCUCAAUUUCUAGAGAAACUAUUCAAAAGUGCAUGCAACGAUCUCCUAAAAGAAUGCACACUGCUCAAUGAGAUGGACUCUGAAUUGGGUGACGGAGAUACAGGAACCACAAUUUCUCGAGGAGUAUCCCAUUUGCUUAGUCACUUCACAAAUUCUGCAGAUUUCCAACGCCCCGGAGACUUCCUCAGACGCCUAAGUUGGGAACUCUCCUGCAAAAUGGGAGGCUCAAGUGGUGCUCUCUAUGGAAUCUUCUUCCAAGCAGCUUCUACAGUUUUUGUUUCCACUUCUGGAGAGUCCUUUGCCGAAUUUCACGACUGGCUGGACGCUCUCAAAUGUGGUAAUUUAGCCCUGCAAAAAGCUGCAAGAUCCAAACGUGGUGAUCGCACAAUGCUAGAUCCUCUUCUGGCAAUUGAGAACUUCCUUCAAAAUUCAUCAAAAAUCACAGGAUCUGCUCUAGCAGAAGCCCUUUUAAAGAUUGUCACUGAAAGCGCCGCUGCUACCAAAGACAUGAUACCACGAGCUGGUCGAGCAGCCUAUACGACUUCAACAGUGAACAAAAAUCUGAAAUAUCCUGAUCCAGGAGCAUAUGCAAUUGCUGUAUGGAUCGGAGGAUUGACCAAAUGCUUCCUGGAGACAAAAUAAAGCCCCAAAAAAGCCAAGAUGAUAUUAUGUGGAAGCAAUGGAGAUAGAGAUGAGAAAAUGUGAUCAAAAUUUGUUUAAAUUCAAAAUAAUAAUUUUUAAAAAAAUAAAAUUAAAGAAUUGCAGGAUUA